GCGGUGUAUAAAAUUUUUUUCAAGACUUAAUUUCGCUGGAUUUCAUUAGCUGCGCUGAAAACAGCUUUUUAAGUACUAAUGUAUGGAAAUAUGAAUAAUGGUGGCCACGCGCCAUAUGGAUACAAUGGUUAUAGACCGAGCGGUGGGCGUAUGUGGGGCAUGUCCCACUCACUGCCUUCAGGAAUGGAUACAGAUUUCACCUCAUCGUAUCCGGGUCCGUCAAUGAAUCGGCGCGGUUAUAACGAUUUUUCAGGCGGCGGCGGCGGUGGCGGUGGUGGUGGCGGCGGUAGCGCCAUGGGUUCGAUGAACAAUAUGGCGCCUGCCGCCAGUACGAACUCGCUGAAUUGUGGAAGCGGCGGCGGUGGUGGCGGUGACGGACAUGGCGGUGGCUCGAAUGGCACAAAUCUAAUUGUGAACUACCUGCCGCAAGAUAUGACGGAUCGCGAACUAUAUGCUUUAUUUAGGACAAUUGGUCCUAUAAACACUUGCAGAAUAAUGAGAGAUUAUAAGACUGGCUACAGUUUUGGUUAUGCUUUUGUUGAUUUCGCUGCCGAAACGGAUUCACAGCGUGCGAUAAAAAGCUUAAAUGGAAUUACGGUACGCAAUAAGCGAUUAAAGGUUUCAUAUGCUCGGCCUGGCGGUGAAUCGAUUAAGGAUACCAAUUUGUAUGUUACGAAUCUUCCACGUACAAUAACCGACGAUCAAUUGGAUACCAUAUUUGGCAAAUAUGGCAUGAUUGUACAAAAGAAUAUUCUGAGGGACAAAUUGACGGGCAAACCGCGUGGCGUUGCAUUUGUAAGGUUCAAUAAACGCGAAGAGGCUCAAGAAGCUAUUUCCGCACUGAACAAUGUCAUACCAGAGGGUGCAUCUCAGCCACUCACUGUGCGCCUGGCCGAGGAGCAUGGCAAGGCGAAAGCGCAACACUACAUGUCGCAGCUGGGCUUGAUUGGUGGCGGUGGCGGCGGCGGUGGUGGUGGCGGUGGUGGCAUGGGUGGACCACCACCACCGCCCAUGAACAUGGGCUAUAACAACAUGGUGCACAGAGGUAGACAAAAUAAAUCACGUUUCCAAAAGAUGCAUCCCUAUCAUAAUGCACAGAAAUUCAUUUAAAUAAUGAAAAUCUUUUAUUGAUCGAUCGAUCGUAGUAUGUAUGUAACGAUCGAUGAAAAUGUUUGAUGUUUGAACAGAUAACAAGAGAUGUUGAUGUUGAUAGAGAAUUUUUUGGCAAAGCAAUGAAGUACAGACAGACUAUGAAUGAAAGCGUGAAUAGCUGAGCAAAAAGAAAAAUAUUUUUAAACAAAAUGAAAUGGAAUAAAUUUUUUUUCCAAAACUCCAACAAACGGUUAGCGUGCAGCAAAAUGAAAAAUCUGUAUUUUUUUCUUCAUUCAAUGUGGUUUUUUGUUUUGUUUUUGGAAUUUUUUAUUCAAUGUUUCAUGCGGAGGGAUAUCUACAUAUAAUAUAAUAUAUAAAAUAAUCAUUUGCGUCACUUCAGUUUUCGAAUUUCGAAAACGAGGCGAAAAGAAUAUAUACAUACGUAAUAUUAAACUAAUUUGUCAAAUCUUUUAAUUGAAGAAUUGUAUAUUUUUUAUAUCGAUUUAACUUUUUUAUGGUGCCUAAAGAUUAAUGCUGAUGCAUAUAUAUUUAUAUGAUAUGAUUUUUUGUAUUUGAUAAUGCGGCAAUUAACAGUAAAUUUUCAAAUUUCCUUGAGCUCCGCAAUAUUUCGAUCAAGCACGCAUUUGCUAAAAAAUAUUAAAAUAUCUAUAGCAUUCUUUGCUACCAUAUACAAAUUUAGUUUUGCGAAUUUAUUCUCGAGCAAUUUUCUUCUCUCCUAUGCAUCAGCAUUGACCUUAAGCAUUAAUAUGUGUUUUUUUUAUAUUAGUCUUUUUUUCAUUAUUUUCUCUUUGGUUUGGUAAAGCAAUCCGUAGUUUUACAUAACAUAAAAUUCGUAAAAAUAUAAACAAAAUAGACACGUAGCAUACCUAUAUAAAUCUACACUAUCGUAAUAAAACACAUAUUUAAAAUAGAAAUUAUUACAUAACUUCAAGCAAUUAAAUUUAAGCAUUACAAAAAAAAAAAAAAAAGAAACAAAAAAAAAAUAUAUAUAAAAUAAAAAUAAAAACAAUUAUUAAAAAAAAAAAUAGUGUAGGCCCUAAUUUUUUUGCAUUUUUUAUUUUUCUUUGAUUUGCAAAAUACAAUUCGAAUAACGUUGAUUUCAUUUAAAAUGUUCUUUUUUUUAAAGGCUUCCAAAAUUAUUAUUUUUCAAUUUUAACUGAUUUUCUUUUAUAUAAAAAAAAUAACAUUUCCAAUAAUAUGCCGGUACAACCUUUUUAUUUUUAAUAUUGUAAUUUUAAAUUUGCUUUAUAUAAUUUUCAUAUUUUUUCAACAGCAGCAAAAAGUUUGUUUCAUGAAAACUUGAAAGGCGCAGUGCAAAAUUCAAAUACCAAAAAAACAUUUGACCACAAACUUUAACAGUUAGACAACUUAAAGCAUUUAAAAUCAGGUUUAUUUGUUAUUUUUUAAGCUCGUAUUGAAUUGACUAUUUACUUUUUGCCUUAAGAAAAUUAUAAGUUUUUUAUUUUUUUAAUAAAGUACUAAUGUCUCUUGCUGCUUAGCAAAUCUUA